CGCUCGCCACCUAGCGCGCCCCCGUCCACCAUCCCAUCAAUCACUGGACUCGCUAUCACUAAUAGAGUAAUCUCGCCCGACGGCUUUACACGGUCGGCUACACUUGCAGGAGGGAUUUUUCCUGGCCCUCUCAUCAAGGCGCAGAAGAAUGACAACUUUAGCAUCAAUGUUAUGAACCAAUUAGAUGACAACGACAUGCCUUUAUUGACGAGCGUACAUUGGCAUGGCAUCCGACAAAAACAGACGAACUGGGCCGAUGGCACUUCGUUCAUCACACAGUGUCCGAUCCUUCCAAAUCGCUCUUUCCUCCACCAAUUUAGUGCACCCAACCAGACUGGAACUUAUUGGUAUCACUCACAUUAUUCCACCCAGUACUGCGAUGGUCUUAGAGGACCACUUGUCAUAUAUGACCCUGAGGACCCACACAAAGACUUGUAUGAUGUAGAUGACGAGAACACAGUAAUCACGCUUUCUGACUGGUACCACGAUCCUACGACUGUGUUGAACAAAAUCAUCGGCCCCAUCACCUACAACUCCACCCUCAUCAAUGGUCUAGGGCGCUACCCUGGUGGACCCCAAUCACCUCUUUCUGUCAUCAAUGUCGAGCAGGGCAAGCGUUACCGAUUCCGCAUAAUUGGUCUUUCUUGUGACCCAUCAUUUAACUUCACUAUCGAUGGCCAUCCUAUGACGAUCAUCGAAGCUGAUGGCAUCGAAACUGUUCCUGAGACUGUGGAUUUGCUUCCAGUGUACGCUGGCCAACGCUACUCUGUCGUCGUCCACGCGAACCAGUCGGUAGAUAAUUACUGGGUUCGCGCAUCAACCAACUUUCCAAACCAAACGUUUGUAGGUGGCUUGAACCAAGCUAUCCUUAGGUACAAGGGUGCACCCGAUGAAGAUCCUACGAGUUCUGGUGGACCCUACGUCUUGCCAUUCAACGAAGCAAAGCUUGCAUCUUUGUCGAACACCCCGGCCCCGGGUUUCCCUGAGAUUGGCAAAGCAGAUGUCAAUAUAAAUUUAGUUGCCGGUAACGUGAACGGCCUCUUCACGAUCAACGAACAUACAUACCAUAAUCCUCCGAUACCGGUUCUGUUGCAAAUGCUCAGCGGGGCUCAACAUCCCGCGGAUUUGCUGCCGAACGGAAGCGUAUACGAGCUUCCCCCGAACAAGGUAGUGGAAAUUACCAUCCCCGAAACAGGUGCAGCUCCUGGUGGUCCACAUCCUAUGCACCUUCACGGACACAAUUUUGCCGUUGUGAGAGUUGCGGGCAAUAGUACACCAAACUUCGUCAAUCCAAUCUGGAGAGACACCGUAAGUAUGGGAUUGCCAGGGGAUAACGUUACUUUCCGUUUCGUCACGGACAAUGCUGGACCAUGGUUCUUCCAUUGCCAUAUUGACUUCCAUUUGAACAACGGCUUCGCGGCGGUCAUGGCUGAAGCCCGGAAUCAACUUCCCGCCGUCAGCGCGAGUAUUCCAGACACUUGGGCCGCGUUAUGUCCUGCAACCCUGGAUUCUAACAAUACAUCCACAUCCACAUAAUUGUGCGCUAUAAUCGAGCAUUCAAGCUCUUCUCCGACCGUUUCUGCGCGGUAUAGGCUAUCCUCUUCUAAUUGCCACCACUGGUCUUCAAAAGUUUGCAUCUACGCAUCUCUGCUUCACAUCAUAAUGAUCUGUUGUCGAGCGUUUUAUUUGCUUUCUCUUCACUCAAUAACUUAUCUGUGUAGAUUAUCGGGGCGGGGGCAUAUAAUACGACUAUAUAGUAACAUGUGCUGUACUGUCUCUAGAGGAUAAUGCAUUGUCCUAUCAUGACCGUUUCCGCUCAUCGUUGGACGGAGCAUUCAGACUGGUGCCUACGGCAGUGUGUUCAUGAGAGGCUACCAGUGCAGCACAGCCACAGCAUGUCCAACAAGUCUAAGGUUGCUACGGAAGC